AUGCCGAAGCCGCACGCGCCUAACUCUCGACAUUCUGCAUGCCAGCACAGGAAUGCAGACGACAUCAUCGAAGCAUUGGCAGACUUUGGAAUCAAGGCUUCAAGCCGCACAGAGAAGCUGGCGUUGAAGUCUGUGCUGAGUGAGCACGAGGGUGAUGAGGUCGGCUUCAACAAUUUCUGCACCAUCAUAGAGGAGGCCCGCAGCAAGUUGAGAUCAACACGGUCACUUGCUGUCUUUCAAGCGUGGAAAUACGCUGACAAGGAGGAUGCUGGGGGCUUGAAUGCAGAGGCCGUGAUGCAGUUGCUGGAGGACCUGCAGCUGGCAUCCGGCAAAGACAGCUUGGAACGUCAGUAUGUCGAGGCUAUGGUUUCCGACUGUCGCACAGACCCGGUCACAGGCUUGAUUGGACUGACGGAGGUGGAAUUCUUGGUGUCUGCCGUCCGUGAGUACAUGAUGCAAUGCCAGCGAAGUCGAGAGCGGGAGCUGCAGGCAGAUUAUGAACUUUCGGACAAGAUGUUUCAAGAGUUCCGGAGCCAACUAAUCAAGUUUCACGAGUCUUUCACAGAGCUUGAUGAUGACGACAGCGGCGCAUUGGAUGAGCAAGAGGCCAUGAACCUGCUCACCCAUUUCGGAUGUUUAAGUAAUGUCUCAAGUAUGCCGAUAGAGAAGAAGAUUCAAGCUCAGGAGAUCAUCGAGUGGUACUUGAACGAGUCUGAGGAUCACACGCUUUCCUUCCCCAGGUUUCUCUCUGUCGUGAAGCACUUGCGAUCAUUGGGAAUGGACGAGAAACUGGAAGUGGUCGAGUCACUGUUCAAUCAGUACGACCGCGAUCAGUCAGGAAAGCUGACGAUAAAGGAUGUUUGUCAAAUCCUUAUGGACCUUGAGAUCAAGCCCAGAACUGUGCUGGAGCAGGAGCAUAUGGCUCAACUGAUCGAGGAGGCGGAUUCCGAAGGAAGCGGGCAGCUGAACGUGAACGAACUGUUGUUACUUGUCCAGAGAAUCAACGAGCGAGUCGCCGAGCUUGACCGCAUGGAAAUCUUGAAAAAGGCACAGGCGCUGAACUUUACGACGAAACAAGCCAGCACCCUCUGGGAAACCUUCGAGGAGCUCGACGAAGAGCAUGAGGGCUUGGUACCCAUAAACCAGGUCGAGCAAGCCUUGUCGGUUAUGCGAUGGCAACUUCCCGGAGCCAGAUUACAGCGCUAUGCCAACGAGAUAGAUGUUGAUGGAAAUGGGCACUUGGAUUUUCUGGAGUUUCUGCACUUGAUGCGUCGCGUCCUGGAUGAUGUGCAAACUUCAGGCCCGAAGCUGCAGGCAGAUGGCAACCUGGCCACAGAUGCCACCAGGGAAGACGACGAAAACGAAGCUGGCGACAGGAAGGACGGAAAACGGUUGUCAGGCGAACGGCCCGGAAAAGAGAAGCGAAAGAAGAAUGCAACGGUGCCAAAAAUGGGCGCGGCUGUGAAAAAAACCUGA